UCCCAUCCCAUCUUGUACUUUAAUUUAAACACCCACUCUGCGCGACGGGUCACUCUCAAGCUCAACAGAGUGACCGCGCUUUCUGUGCUCUCCUCUCGAGUUCUCAAACUGAAGGAGCUGCUGGAGCUGUUACUCCGCGAAAAUGGCGAACUCGUCCAGGGAUGACUCGCCCACCGACGGCGACACCUCUAGCGGCGACGCUCCUCCCUCCAAUUCCAGCCUCUACUCGGAGGGUGAGAAGAUCCUUGCCUACCAUGGCCCUCGCAUCUACGAAGCCAAGGUUCAAAAGGCAGAGCUGAGGAAAAAUGAAUGGAGAUACUUUGUGCACUACCUCGGUUGGAAUAAAAAUUGGGACGAAUGGGUAGGUGGGGAUCGCCUGUUGAAAAAUACUGAAGAUAAUAUCAUGAAGCAGCAAGCUCUUGACAAAAAACAAGGUGUGGACAAGAAUACAAAAUCAGGACGCUCAGCUCAAACAAAGCCAAAAAGUUCUUCUGAUGCAAAAGCAGAGAAAGAAGACCACAAGAACAAUGUGACAAAGGGGAAGAAGCGGAAGAAUGACUUAGGCGCUGAGAAGGACACUCUGUCCCUGGAAAAGCUUGUCAAGAUUCAAAUUCCUCCAACACUAAGGAAGCAACUUGUUGAUGAUUGGGAAUUAAUGAACUGUUAGAAGCAACUUUGUCUGCUUGUUAAACUUCCUCGUUCUCCAACUGUAGAUGACAUUUUGCAGAAGUACCUUGACUACAGGACAAAGAAGGAUGGCAAGGUGACUGAUCCAGUAGGUGAAGUCCUGAAAGGAAUACGAUGUUACUUUGACAAAGCAUUGCCAGUGAUGCUCUUAUACAAAAAGGAACGCAAACAGUAUCAAGAAACAGUUGUAGGUGAUGUCUCUCCAUCAACAAUAUAUGGUGCCGAACAUUUACUACGACUCUUUGUAAAGUUACCAGAGCUAUUGGCUUAUGUCAACAUUGAGGAGGAAACACAGACCCGCUUACAGCAGAAAUUACUUGAUUUUCUCAAGUUUCUGCAGAAAAAUCAGAGUACAUUCUUCCUUUCUGCUUAUGAUGGCUCAAAAAGUGUUGAAGGGAAAGGCAAGGGGAAACAUGACUGAAUUGCCACAGAAACUGCUCUAACUUCUGCUCUCUCAUACUUGCCAUCUUUGGAUGGAUGGCAAAGGCAGUGCAGAGAUUCAUGACCUAGUUGGCGUGUUAUGGAUUCAUCCACCAAGACAAUCCACAAACAUGGAACAUCCAGUUUGUUGUUGUAACAUUAGCAUUAAUUCAUUCUUUUUUUGUCCUUUUUUCUUUUUUUUGGGACUUGUUGCUCUGUGAAGAGAAUUUCUUGCUUGAAUACCACAAGUCAUUCUUGUAACCUUGGCAAGCAAUAGUUGUGUUUAUGAUGUGCAUUUGUAAAAACUCUGGUUAAAGAAACAAAAAUUGUGGUUGGAAAUUUAA